AUCUCAACUUCGCUGGCCUCGGACAACGUCCACCGGAGCCCUUCUCGGUUGUCGAAGCGUGAAAAGAAGUUGAUUCACCCAGGGUAAAACCAUAACAUGGUGGUGUUGGAGGAACAACUUCGAAGUGUUUUAACCCUCAAAGUCUUCGUCGGCGAUCGACAUCCAUCCUCCUCUGCGUACAGUGAUGCCUCGUUCAGGCCUUUACACAUUGGCUGGAUGACAUUCAUUGGACUUUGGGGCCGCCCAUUACCGUCUAAAAGUACACACCUAUCUUGGCUAAACUUGUCGCACCCUUGUCGCACCACUUCAUCCUCUCCACAACUGCCCGAAAAAGCGCUGUUCCUAGUCUGUGGCCUAGACCCGAUGAUGAAUGCUAUCGCUGGUCCCCGUGCACGGGAUCUCACAUUAAGCCAAAUGCGAGGCGCAUUAGGGCGCUUGGAUUCACAGCUGGCCCAAGUUAGAAAGCUUUGAAGCUAAAUCCUAUCUGUAUGUCAUCGUUCGGGUUGG